AUGGUGUUCGGGUUCUGCAUUUCCCAGAACCGGAUAGCACCCUAUCAUGGUCACUACUUCAAGCAAAUACCCCUGAUUUAGACGCCUUCACAGCCUGCGUAUGGAUCAAAACCACCCGCACCACAAGCGGCCCCAUUCUAUCCUACGGCUCAGAGAGUUGUCGACAGUGUAUUGAACUUGGAUACAAUCCCGUUGGUCACGGCUACUCCGUUGUUUUGAAAGGCGAUAAUGUACUGAAUAGAUCCUCUCGUGCUGAAGCGCCCCUACCGGCCCAUGGGAACUGGCACCACUGGUGUGUGGUGUGGAGUGGUGCCAAGAGAGAGAUUAAUAUCUACAGGGAUGGUCUCCACGCGCUGAGUCAACAUGUUAAGGUUUCACGUAUACCUGGAGGUGGUAAAUGGGUUGUUGGACACACUCAGUGUGAGGCAAGUCCUGAUACUCUUCCUAAACAUCCAUCAUUCGUGGGAUUCGUUGGUGGCGUCAACGUCUGGAACCAUGAUAAAGUCGACAUCCCCGGUCUGGCAAUAUGUGCCAAUACUAACGAGGGAAGUCUCAUAUCUUGGGACACUGUCACCAAGACCAACUUCAAGGUCGCAACAUAUGAGGAACAUUGUUAA